AUGGCCCGACGGCGCGAAAGCAAAGCAUCCUCAGUCAGAGUGAAUGUGCAACCUGAUCCUGAGGACAAAGCAGACGGCAACACCACCGCUGGGGAUCACCACAGUGAGUAUAGUGCCUCGGAUAUCCCUUACGCUAGCGACAACAACGCAACGUCGCGAGGCGUGUCUGCCUCAGUCGGCGAUGGAGUCCAAGGCAAUUUCGACGGCGUAGUUGAGAAACAGCUCUCUGACCGCGGUCGCGCUGUACUUCAGAACUGGAAAGCAUCUUCCAGCGCAGUGAUACUGCGUAUAGCUCUGUUGCCGUGGGAGCUCUUUGACCGCGCUCGCACCGCAUACCAGAAAUGGAAGACGUGGAAUCCUGAAGCCCUCCGUCGCUGGAGGAAGUGGCAAUCCGAUACUCACACAGCGCGAAACUGGCGGGAGUUCGAAAAUCAGCUUGCUCGUGCUGAGGUGUUGAAGGAGGAGGACAAGCUGAUGAUGCUUGCCGAAGCAGAUGAGCUGAUCAUGGACGACGCCUUCCUGUCCAAAGUUGUGCGCCCAUGCCUCCAGCAGAGCUCCCUGGAAUCUGCUCUUCCCGUCGUCCAUCGCAUCCUCCGUCAUCGAGCGCACAAAGUAGGUGAAGCGAGGAAUAGAUGGGAUAACAGCAUCUGGUCAACAUGCCAAUGGUUCACCAGCGAGCAAGAUUCCGUCGCCAUCAUCUCCAUGGGAGACCUCUGCCUCGAUGUUUUUCGUAAAUAUACGAACUCCUGGCGGUACACUGAUGACCAUAGUUGCGACCAUCUUCUGCAACUCAUCCGUGCGAUGCCACCCACUGAUUCAUCCAGAGCAUUUUGUCGACGUGCCACACACUUCAUACAAUGGGCUGUUUCAUGUCCUUUCUCGCUGCAUGAAUCCCGCAUAGAGGUGCUCGACAAUGGCGCAGAUGAAUUCGUCGUUACCGCCGGGUUCAAAGCCUUGCCAGGACGAGUGCAGAACAAUGAUCUGGACCCAUUCUACAAUAUCCUUGCGCGAAGAUUGGACAGUACUUCCAACAUGGACAGCAAGACUUCUGCUGCUGCUGCAGAUCUCAUUCUCGAUCUGCUCUUGAAGUCGCCUUUGCAUCCACGGGCAAUAGAUCUGCUCGAAUGUCUUUCAAGACAUGAUGUUGUCAGCCACGCUCUCAGCUUUGGUGAAGAUAAUCAAUCGGUCUACACACGACUGGUUGACAUCUUGUGCACGACACAGAGCACUGAGAAGUUAACUAACAGGAUUUUAGACUGGGUCUGGUUCAAAGACCGGUAUUUCUCACUUAACAUUGAAUACACUCGGAAACUACUCGCAUACCUGCCAACUGCCCGUGAUCACCUUAGCGCAGACACAUUUCUCAAAAUUGCAUCCUUUGCAUUGACACACUCUGCCUCCGCCAAGCACUCUUCUUCCAGCUUUAUUCAGAUCCUUGAAGAUGUGACAUAUGUGCUGGACAUCGUGUCCGGGUACUUUAGCUCAUCCGACAUCGACGAGGUAGCCCGCAAGAUCAUAAAAGAACAGGCUUGGCAUGCGCUCUCCUGGCUUCUGAAUGCAUGCACAAACCUUGCUGAGAGUGCUGCUGACCUGUUUAACCGGGAUAUCAUUAGAUGGGCGGCAGUGCGCAGCACAGCUUGGGCUCCGCUGACACAGCCUCUCUGA